ACAAAAUAAGUUUUUUAUUUUCUAUUGUAGUACAUAACUUUUUGUUAUAACAAUGGAAUAUGAAAAGAUAGCAGUAUUUGAAUGUAUGUACUGCUGCAAAAAGUACAAAAAGAAAAAGGUUUUAUAUGAACACAUUCGGGAAGUACAUAAAGUACCUGUUGUGGCUGAAGGAAAUUUGAAAUGUCCUAUUAAUGCCUGCAAUUUUUCAUGUAGAACGUUUGAAGAGUUAAGAAAUCACGCAAGAGAUCAACAUGGAUACACUCUUAACUCCGUUGAAAUGACAUUUAAUACAUAUGAAGGUAAGAUAUUAGAAAUUUGCAUUUUCUGCGAUAAACGUUUUUCUGGAUUUUAUAAUUCUAAAAGUAAAGGUGUAAGAGCUAUAAAAUCACAAGGUACCUGCAAAAUAGAGGGGCACUGUCCAUCUACUAUUGAAGUUACCAGUAAUGGCAUUAUUAAGAUUUUAUAUUUCCAAACACACGUGGGACACACAGUAGAUCUAGAACAUUUGCCAUUAACAAAAGAUUUGCGAGAAGUGAUUGCAGGUAAGUUUCUUUAUGAACUUGAUUGUGAAAUUCAAUAUAAAACAGACAUUAUUAUACAACAUUAUCAUAUAAAUGCAAUAUUUUCAGGUAAGUUAAAUGAAGGCAUUCCACCACAGAAAAUAUUAGAUUCCACAAGGAAUAGUAUUAAAGAAGACAUUUACAGGGAGCAUUUAUUGACAAAAAAAGACAUACAUAACAUUUCUAAUUCUUACUGUAUUGGUAAUGAUGAACAAUAUCAUCCAACUGAUGCUGUCAGUUUAAGGAUCUGGAUAGAAAAAAUGAAAUGUUUAGAUGAUAAUCCAGUUCUUUUUGUAAAAUUCCAAGGAGAAGCAGCAGAUCAGCACUUGGAAAUUAGUGACUUCUGCAUCAUCAUAAUGACAAAUGUUCAAAAGCAUAUGCUUUUAAAGUUUGGAUCCGAUAGCAUAUGCAUCGAUAGCACACAUGGGACUAAUGCUUACGAUUUUCAAUUAUCGACAGUUUUAGUCAUAGACGAGUUUAAUUCAGGAUUUCCUGCUGCUUUUUGCCUAAGCAAUAGAGUAAAUUUAGGUUCAAUGCAAAAAUUUUUUCAGUGUAUUAGGGACAAAGUUGGACUGCUGUCUGUAAACUGCUUUAUGAGUGAUGAUGCACCAGUAUAUUAUACUGCAUGGACAUCAGUAAUGUGUGAUGCCAAAUUUAGGAUUCUAUGCACCUGGCACGUUAAAAAGGCAUGGCUGCAAGCAGCAAAUUCAAUUAUCCCCUCAAAGCGAAAGGAAGUUUUGAAAUUUUUAAAUGUAGUAUCUGAAUGUCAUGAUAUAAAAGAAUUUGAAGCACUGAUAUCUGAUUUCCUCAGCAAACUCUUUGCUGAUAGAGAUACAGACAAGUUUGCUAAUUAUUUUGCUUCAAAUUAUGCAAACAGAUGUGAGUUGUGGGCUAAAUGUUAUAGAAAAAGAUGUAACAUCACAACUAACAAUCAUCUUGAAGCACUGCAUCGAGUUUUAAAAUAUUCUUCUUAUCUUGAUGGAUUGAAAAACAAGAGGGUUGAUAGGUGCAUUGCGAAGCUUAUUAAUAUGGCAAGAUGCAAAUGA